AUUUAAGUACUUUUGUUUUCUUGCUGUUCGGAUAAACACUGCCUCAUUAAUCAGAUACUGCUUAAGUUUUAACAUUGGGUUAUAUUAACGUUGGCCAUAUAGUAGCAAAACAAAAAAAAAAAGUAUGAAUGAAUUAAAAUACAUUGAUAAUAAAGAAAUCUUUAUUGAGAUUCUUCAUUUGGCUAUAGAUUUCCUGAUAGGAAACGUUAAUGAACAAGAAACUCUUUGGUCGUUACACAAAUUCGGAUUUCAAAACGACGAUAAUUUCCUGUUGGUGACCCAUAGGAUGUCAAAUUACUACAUGGAUUUGAGUUUAAUUAAAUUAACGUUUACUCCACUUUCUUGCGUUACUCCUGAAAUGAGUCGACUUAUUCCUAUUGUACUCGCAGCUCGUCAGCCGGAAAUAACAAAGCAUCUUGAGCAAUAUUACUGCCAAACUGAAAAUGUCAUCGAGUCUUUCGAAUGGGAUACUAGUUUUAUAUUUGCAGACAGCAGCUUUGGUGGAAACAAUCAAAUAACUACGUUAAACUUUCGUUACGGUAACAUAAGGUUUAAGAAAAGACUGAUUUUUGAAAUGAAUAAUGAAAAACUAAAUGGCUUAAUUUAUGUACUGGAAAAUUUCUUGGAAUAAUGACGGCAAUUAAACGGCGUAUAGUUAUAAUAAAUAUUAGUCUAAAAUUGAUUUUUAUUUAUAUGUACAUGGGAAUGAAAACAUUAAAAAAUGGUUCCAGGUUAAUAAAAAGGUCGUGGGUUUAGAGGAAUUCAAAAUUCUAUUCUUUAUGCUAUCCCUGUAAACAUAUGUAUGUAUGAAAAAAUAAAAGUUUAAUGGAUGCUCAGA